AUGAUCGCCCACUCCGGUACCAUCCUUUCCACCGAUUCUGCUUGUGUUUAUCUCUUGCCUGGAUAUAUUCCACCAAAGCCUGGUGAUGACUGGACUCGGUUUGUUUGCAUCUCGGACACCCAUUCCAACGAAUAUCCCCUGCCGGAUGGUGAUAUAUUACUUCAUGCCGGCGACUUGACGAUGUGGGGAACAAUCCGAGAGUUGCACAGUGCGAUGAAUUGGUUGAACUCGCAGCCCCAUCCCACUAAAAUAUGUAUUGCUGGGAACCACGACAUGGCUUUGGAUCCGUAUUUAGACACAAUAUCAGUCAAAGAAUACAAUGAGCUCAAGGAAUACGUGAAAAGAGACGAAUUUCAAAACGGCAGACUGCACUAUCUGGAAUACGAGUCACUGACCGUUCGAACGUCCAUAGGGAAGGAGUGGAAGGUCUUUGGAUCGCCGGGCUCAUUGGUGUACAAGGGAGCAGGAGGGUUUCAGUACCGAGGCAGUCGCCAAGGACAAGAAAUCUGCCGGAAAAUACCACUUGAUACCGAGGUACUGCUCUCUCACACACCGCCCUACAAAAUUCAUGAUACGACGAGGAGAGGCAAGUCAGCCGGAUGCGAAGAGCUCACCGAGAGAAUGAAUGUCCUCGAGAAAUGCCGAUUGCAUGUCUUUGGACACAUCCACGAGGCCUGCGGGGCAUCCAUUAAUGACGGAGGACGCGUUUCUGUAAAUGCGGCAAUGAGGAGGAAGCCAAGUGCUACCAUCGUAGAUCUUCGAAAUUGGUGA